AGAGAGAGCCCAUUGGCAUUUUCCCACAGAAAAGGUGGUGGGAUAAAAGUUCUUUUUGUACACACUGCGAUGAUGGUGAUGAUGAUGCCUUCAAUCUCCCACAGCAACCACCAAACAAUUCCUUCUCUCUCUCUCCCCUCUGCAGGCCUUUGCCCCCUUUUCUCCCUCCCUUUUUCCUCACAAGCAUGCUCAAUCCAUUCUCCUCCUCUCUCAUCGUCUCAUCCCAAGUACUAGUUAGAAUUAUAGUUAAUAACAACCCAUGAAAGGCUGAGCAGCAGGUUUUGAGAUCCUCCAAAAUGGAGAGAAAGUGUGGGUGUUGGGCAGUUCUCAGGCGCAGUGUAAGUAUUAAGGGUGCUGGCUGCAAGCCCUCCUCUGCUUCCAACUCCGCCAACUCUAUCCCUAGAACCAGUCUUGUUUAUGAUGCAGCUGCUGAGACAAGGUACCUAAAUGCUAGCAACAGAGAGAUGUGUGCUCCCAAUGAAGUUCAAACCUCUUCUGAUAAUCCCCCUGAUGCACUCCCAUUAGAAACCAAGGCCCCUAGACAGUUGCUCGAGUUCAAUUUUCAGGAGCUAAAAUCUGCAACUGGAAACUUCAGACCAGACAGUAUUCUGGGAGAGGGUGGUUUUGGUUAUGUAUUCAAAGGGUGGAUAGAGGAAAACGGGACUGCCCCAGCAAAACCUGGAUCAGGAAUUACAGUUGCGGUCAAGAGCUUAAAGCCAGACGGUCUUCAGGGCCACAGAGAAUGGGUGGCUGAAGUAGACUUCCUUGGAAAGCUUCACCAUCCUAAUCUUGUUAAACUUAUUGGAUACUGCAUCGAAGAUGAUCAACGGCUGCUUGUAUAUGAGUUUAUGACACGUGGAAGCCUUGAAAAUCAUCUUUUCAGAAGGACUAUACCUCUGCCCUGGUCCAACAGGAUUAAGAUUGCAUUAGGUGCAGCCAAAGGCUUGGCAUUCCUCCAUAGAGGCCCUAAACCUGUCAUUUAUAGGGAUUUCAAGACAUCUAACAUUUUGCUUGAUUCGGAAUACAAUGCAAAGCUUUCAGACUUUGGUCUGGCGAAGGCCGGGCCUCAGGGAGACAAAACCCACGUUUCUACUAGGGUUGUAGGAACAUAUGGCUAUGCUGCUCCAGAAUAUGUAAUGACAGGACACUUGACUUCUAAGAGUGAUGUUUUUAGCUUCGGCGUGGUACUUCUUGAGAUUUUAACAGGCAGGAGAUCGAUGGACAAGAAACGACCGAGCGGGGAACAAAAUCUCGUUGCCUGGGCCCGGCCAUACUUAGCCGACAAGCGAAAGGUUUACCAACUAGUGGAUCCACGCUUGGAGCUGAAUUACUCCCUUAAAGGGGUGCAGAAAGUUUCUCAGCUAUCCUACAACUGCCUCAGCCGGGAUCCAAAGUCCCGCCCUUCAAUGGACGAAGUUGUGAAGGUUCUCUCUCCAUUGCAAGAUCUCAACGAUUUGGCAAUAUUGUCUCACCACGCUCGGUUAUCUCAACCGGGAAGGCGGAAGAAGAAACCCGAUGGAUCCCGCCAGGUUAGUCUCAACCAAUCAAGGAGCAUUCGAGAUUCUCCAGUGAAUGCUAGUAGGCAGCAUUGUAAAUAAAGGGUAGGUGAUGGAAAUGGGUUAUCAUGCGAAUCCUAUAGUACAAGUUUGCGAUAAUGAUUUUCGGGUGUUUUGAGAUUCGACAGGGUCGUGAGACAUUGUAAGGGAAAUUCCUUCCUGCAAAUUCUGCAAAUUCUUAAAGGUAGAAUUGAGUUCUAACCA